AUGGAUAAAAUAAGGAGAAGUAAUACAUUAUCAGCUCAGACAAAUGUUAUAAAAGUAUCACGUCUCCAUCGUCAACAAUCAUUUAAACAUAAACAUUAUCAUCAUCAAUCAAAAUUAAAAACACAAUCGAAAAGUGCUAUUCAUGUUAAUAUGCGAUCAACAAAUAAUAGAUCUACUAAUUUUCAUAGAAUUUUACAUUCGACACCUGUUCCUGAUGACAAAACAUAUUGUUAUCGAGAUUAUACACAACAAUCAAGAAAUAAUCUAACAUCUCAACAAAAUUCAGAAAAUACUCUAAAUUCUUCAAAUUCAUAUUUUAUCAAAGUUAAUGAUUCAAUAAAAAAUGUUCAACAAAACAUGAAUUCAUCUAUAAAUUCCGAUCAUCUACAGAAUCAUUCUCAGUCAAUAAUUAUAAAAACUAAGAAAUAUCGAUCAAGUUCAUCGAAAGUUACUUCUUAUAAUACAAGCAGUGCUUCUCCAGAUCGAUUUGGAAUUAUUAAUGAUCAUCAUCGAAAUAAGAAAAGAAAUAAAAAGAAAAUAUGUUCACGUCGAUGUGUGAUUAUAUCAAUUUUUGCUGCUUUAAUGCUUACAAUCAUUAUUACUAUAAUUCUACUUGUUCUGCUAACAAAUUCCAAAACAACAACAACAACCUUUUCGACAGUUUUACUUCGUUGGAAUCAAACAGGUAUUACUGUUGCAGGCGGAACAGUAGGAAAGGCCAAUAAUCAACUCAACAUUCCUUUGGAUGUGACAGUAGAUUAUAAAAAUACACUGUACAUUGCAGAUUAUGGUAAUCAUCGAAUUCAAAAAAUUUUGAUGGGUACUUUAAAUGGUACAACAAUAUGUGGAAAUGGAUCAAGUGGUUCAUCUUUAUAUCAGUUAUCAUAUCCUGCACAGGUAUUGGUUGAUUUAAAUGGAAAUAUUCGUGUGGUAGAUUACGGAAAUAAUCGAGUUCUAUUUUAUAAUGGUACAUCGACAGGAAUCAUCAUUGCAAGUGCCGGUGGUUAUGGUACUUUAAACAAUCAAUCAAAGAACCCUUAUGGUAUUGAAUAUGAUUCAGCUUCUGAUACACUUUACAUAGCAGACUAUAACAAUCAUAGAGUUAUGUGCUAUGUAUCGGGAGCAUCAUCAGGUUUUUCGGUUGCUGGUAACAGUAUAUCGGGAACUAGUACUACACAACUAAAAAACCCUGUUCGUGUUUAUUUUGAUUCAUUCUCAAAUAGUCUUAUCAUUGUCAAUCAUUAUGCUCAUAAUGUUGUUCGUUGGCCAUUAGGUGCCACUAAUUGGACGUUGCUCGCUGGUGAUAUUAAUGGAAAUCUAGGAAAUAAUGCAACUACAUUGAAUCGUCCAACUGAUGUGACUUUGGAUCCAAUGGGUAAUAUGUAUGUUGCUGAUAGAGAAAAUCAUCGAAUACAAUUCGUUAUGAAUGGACAAACAGAAGGAAUAACAAUUGUUGGAGUAACAGGUACUAAUGGUAGUGAUUCUACUUUGCUCAAUAGGCCUUGGUCAGUAGAGCUUGAUAGUCAACUCAAUUUAUAUGUUGCAGAUUCAAAUAAUCAUAGAAUACAAAAGUUUUUACGAUAUUGA